AUGGGAAAGGCUUUGGAAGCCUCUUCUGCUUGGCCAGAGACGUCUUCACUUUUGACAACCUCCACAAUCCUCUCGACUGCAGCACAAACUUCCAGCCUAAAGCCUUCAGCCACCACUCCAACUCCAUCCAGUCCUGCUGGAAUAUCCACACCUGAGAAGAUCACAACAUCGGCAACAGAGGCAACCUCCGCGACCACCACGGUCCUUGCACAAACGUCUUCCUCUGCUCCUGGGACAAGCCCAACUUCUGCCAGCACUGUGACUCUUCCUCGGAGCUCUACCACUGCUGCGGGUCGAUCCACAUCCAGCACUGAGACCACCACUGUUUCCAUCACAACUCCGGCAACAGAGGCAACCUCCACGACCACCACGGUCCUUGCACAAACGUCUUCCUCUGCUCCUGGG